AUGGUGUCUCCCUUCCGUCUGCUGGUGGUAGUGGGUAUGGUCUAUCGAGCUUGGUCUCGAUCAUCUCUCACACCACUCGGUCUGAUCGUCGCGGCCACUUCGGGAAUCGCGCAGGCUCUCCAUCCGUGGGCCACUCCGUUAACGCUCCUAGCUGUCUUUUACUUUGGAGGCACCAAGGUCACCAAGGUCAAACAUGAAAUCAAAGCGCGAAAGACCCUCUCCGCAACGGGUUCCGAAGGAGGCGAAGGCGCGCGCAAUCAUCUCCAAGUCCUGGCCAACUCGGUCGUGGCGACCAUCCUGAGCAUCGCUCAUACCGUCUAUUCUACGAGAAACCCGUCCGCAGCUUCAUGUUUCAGUUUCGGCCAAAACCCCGCCGAUAUUCUGGUAGUGGGAAUCGUCGCUAACUAUGCCGCCGUUGCCGCCGACACGUUUUCAUCCGAAUUGGGCAUUCUCGCCCAGUCGAAUCCCCGCCUCAUCACGUCGCUGACCCUCCGCGAGGUUCCCCCUGGUACAAAUGGCGGCGUGACUGCCGCUGGCCUGGGCGCAGGUCUGCUAGGAGCCUUUUCGAUUGCCUUGACAUCCGCCCUGAUCCUCCCGGCAUGCUCCACCGGGCCCGAUAUUCAAGCGCGUGUGGUCUGGACCGUGGCAAUGAGCCUCUGGGGUCUAUUGGGGAGCAUUCUAGAUAGUGUGCUCGGUGGGCUUCUCCAAGCCAGCGUCGUCGAUAAGAGAAGCGGCAAGAUCGUGGAAGGUAGUGGUGGACGAAAGGUCCUCAUCCAUCCGGGCUCUACUUCACCUUCAGGCACACCAGGAGACGCCGUUCCUGGCACCCAGCCGGCAGGGAGUCUGCAUCUCCGCAAGACCGAGGCCGUGGCCAAUGCGGCAACUUUGCACGGAAAUCGUGUCACCGGUACUUCAGUCGGGGCCGCGGCAGGACGCCUGCACGAUGAGAAGCACGAGAGUCGUCGAGUGGUGACGGGCCAUGAUUGGUUGGAUAACAAUGGGGUCAAUCUGCUGAUGGCUUUUCUCAUGAGUGUGGGCGCCAUGGCCGUCGCGCAAUGGACGUGGGAUGUUGAUGUGCGGGAAUUGUGGACGUAG